UGCUGCCGCCGCCGGGAGAAGGAGACGCAGCUGCCUCUGCCGCCGCUGGCUUUUCUGCGCGUCUCCCCGAGCGAAGCUGCGCUGUUCCCGGCUCGCGAGCAGGAGGAGCGCCGCUGCCUCCCGGCGAGGGAUGGAUCGGGGCCCGAGGCCGCUCAGGUUGCAACGCUGAAGCCAUGAAGACCCUCAUCGCUGCCUACUCCGGCGUCUUGCGAGGCACGGGGUCCGGUAUCCUCUCCACGUUUCAGGAUCUGUCCUGGCUGUCUAAGUCUAAAGUAGAGAAGCAACUGCAGAUCAUCUCAGUACUACAAUGGGUGCUGAGUUUCCUUAUCAUGGGUGUGGCCUGCACUGUUAUCCUCAUGUACAUUCUCUGUACGGACUGCUGGCUGAUUGCAGCCGCGUACCUGGCCUGGCUCGUGUUUGACUGGAACACUCCGAAGAAAGGUGGUAGAAGAUCGCAGUGGGUCAGAAACUGGGCUGUCUGGAGAUAUUUCCGGGACUACUUCCCGAUCCGACUCGUAAAAACCCACAACUUGGCGACGCACAGGAAUUACAUCUUCGGUUACCAUCCGCACGGCAUCAUGGGGUUGGGCGCCUUCUGCAACUUUAGCACAGAAGCCACAGGCGUGAGCCAGAAGUUUCCUGGCAUUCGGCCGUACCUCGCGACAUUAGCCGGGAAUUUCAGGAUGCCCAUUUUGAGGGACUACUUGAUGUCUGGGGGUAUUUGCCCUGUGAACCGGGACACCAUAGACUACAUCCUUUCCAAGAACGGGAGCGGCAACGCCAUUGUGAUUGUGGUUGGGGGCGCUGCCGAGUCCCUGAACUGCGCCCCCGGCAAAAACUCGGUGACCCUGAGGCACCGGAAGGGCUUUGUGAAGCUGGCGUUGCGCCACGGAGCGGAUUUGGUUCCUGUGUAUUCCUUUGGCGAGAACGAAGUCUACAAGCAGGUCAUCUUUGAGGAAGGAUCAUGGGGGCGCUGGGUUCAGAAGAAGUUCCAGAAGUACAUUGGCGUGGCCCCUUGCGUUUUCCAUGGACAAGGACUUUUCUCCCCCAACAGCUGGGGUCUGCUGCCAUAUCCCAAGCCCAUUACCACUGUCGUCGGGGAGCCCAUUACCGUCCCCAAAGUCGAUAACCCGAGCCAGAAGGAAGUAGACUUUUAUCACAGCCUCUACGUCAGCUCUCUGAUCAGACUCUUUGACAAGUACAAGACGAAAUUCGGUCUUCCGGAGACAGAGAUCUUGGAAGUCAACUGACCGCCACGGGGAGGGAACCGGGUGCUUUCGCUCCUGCGCGCUUUUUCUGGCAGCGAGUCGCUUAGCAAACGCGGCCUCAAAAGACAAUUCUCUGCCGGAGCCUAAGUUGUUUUCUGUGUGUGUUCUGGUCUGCGAAUCGGGGAGGCGAGCGCGGAUGCACGCAUGAGCUUUAAAAAGGAUAAAAGGAAAAAAAAAGUUGUCUAACUAUCGAAGCUUUA